CCCACAGGCCUGCACAGAAAUGGUGAUGCCAAUGUGUACAACUGGCAAGGAUGAUAUGUUCGAAGCAUCGCCCUGGAACUUUACGAAGUACUCCGAGGAAUGCCAUAGAAAAUACAACGUGUACCCGCGUCCUGAUGGCGCUGGAGUCGAAUAUGGAGGAGAUAGACUACAUGCAGCCUCUAAUAUUGUUUUCAGUAACGGUUUACUUGACCCAUGGGCGGGAGGUGGAAUUUUGAACAGUAUCAGCAAAUCAGUGACAGCAGUCGUGAUCAUAGACGCAGCACAUCAUUUAGACCUCAUGCCGAGCACACCUCAUGAUCCGCAAUCGGUUAUAGCGGCCAGGAACAUCCAUAAACAAAACAUCGAUAAAUGGAUUAGAGAGUUCAGACAGGAGAGGAAGAAUAGACAAUAGAUAAUAAAUACUUUUUCCAGAUUUUAA